AUGGCUCUCCUCGACACCGCCAUGCGCGGCCUGCUCUUCUGCACCCGCCUGCUCCAGUGGUGCAGCGCCGUGAUCGUUAUGGGCAUCGUGGCCUUCUUCCUCCACAGGGGGCCGAAGGGCCAACAUCUGAAAUACGAGAUCGUUAUCGCUGUAUUAUCCGUUGCCUUCUUCCUGCCCGGCCUGCUCUCCGCCUUCAUCCCCGCCGUGGGCAAGAUCGCGUUCCCGAUUGAUAUCAUCUUCUCCUAUCUCUGGUUAACCUCCUUUAUCUUCACCGCGCAAGACUACAACUUGGGCGUCUGUGGUCUCAACGCGCCCCCCGGCGGCCGCUGCUCGCUCAAGCAUGCUCUCGAGGCCUUCACCUUCCUGGCAUUCUUCGGCUGCCUCGCCUCCGCGAUGCUCGAGAUCUAUAACCUGUGGGCAUACCACAAGUCGCGCUCUGUGACGGCGCAUCCCACGAAGGAGGUGCCGCGGCAGUCGGCGGAGACGGAGGGGACGGCGGCGGUGUAG